AUGGCCUUAGAAGAUCUCAAGGCGAUUGAAAUAGAUGUUCAACCAACAGCUUGGAUUGAUGAAGAAUAUGAUGAAGAAACGUUGGAUAGAGAAAUCUGGUUUGAGAUCUUGGUCCCAACUAAAGGGACAAGAUUAGGUAACUUUCUGACUACAGAAAGGAAACCAACCUCCAACAUGACGACUCCAUCAGUAGCUGGAGGUUAUGCCAGUGCAGCUAGAAAUGAAGUUUUCCCUACGAAAGAGUGUGCUAUCAUCAUUGAAGCUUUGGAUGGUGCAACAAUCAAAGACUACAUCAACGCAAUUGGCAAGAGAACACCAGUUUCAAAUAUCAGAUUUAUUUCGAAAAUCUCAAAUGGCAGAAUUUGUGCAUAUUUAGUAUCUCAAGAAAAAGCUGAAGAAUUAAUCACAAUACACAAGACAAUUCAGGUAAAUUCCACAGUGCUUACUGUCCGACCACUUAUAAAUAAGAAUAAGAGGAUUAUUCUGUCAAACGUCCCGCCGAUAAUCCCUCACGAUUACAUUGUUCAAACAUUAGAUCACCUAAAUAUUAAAGUCACAUCAACUAUUACAUUCUUACUAGCCGCUUCUAAUGAACCAGGACACUCACACAUAAUGAGCUUCCGACGCCAAGUAUAUGUAGACCCAGAUGACGUGUCUAAAUUACCAGAAGUCAUCCAAAUCCCUUUCGACGAUACAUUAUACAACAUUUACACGUCACUAGACUCAAUAGCUUGUUUCAUUUGCCUGGGUGAAGGUCAUUUAGCAAAAAACUGCCCAAAAAAUCAAUCAACUCACCCCCAAGAACAACAACAAGAUAACAGCAUAGAAACAAACCUAAUCCCUACUAAGAUCACUCCUGCAGUACAGAAAAAAACAAACACAGACAAUAAUGAUAAUUCGUCUCUAACAGAAAUGCUAAUUGAUAUUUCAUACCCAGAAACCAACAGUAACAAUAAGAGACCUCAUUCAACCUCCGAUGGAUCAAUUUCUUCAACAAACUUAUCCCUCCCACCGUCGACAUCAUUUAAAAAGCCCAACGAAUUAAAAAAGAACAAAAUUAAAAAAAUCGAGAACAACGAGAACCAAACACCCUUAACACAACAUCCGUCUAUUCUCACGCUACCCCUGGAAAUCCUCAAAGAGAUAGAGGCAAAUCCGACGAAAUAUUCAUGCAGUUUUUCCCAACUCCAAAACCUAAUUGAUAAAACCUCAGGAAGAAUAGUAAUUAAACCUAUUAUCGAAGAAUUUGAAAUAAGACCAAUCGAUCUAGUGGAACAAUUGACUGUACUAUACCCUCAUCUCAACUCUCGCGGAUGGAAAUCCCGUUUUACUAAACUGAGAAAUAAAAUCAAAUUCGAGUUCGGAAUUACCACCCAGGAUAAUCUCACUCCUACCCAAUCUGAAGACGACUCAGAACUCGACUCUGGCUCAGAAAGCUGUAUUGACUUAAGUCUAGCAACCCCCCAACUUGCACACAACUUAACUUGGUACGCAGAUGAAGAUUUAUAUGAUAGUGACCAUUACCCCAUCCAUUUGAUUUACGAUGAUGGAUUAACUUCAUACCCCACCAAUAAACUGCAACGCUGGAUCAUGACCAAAGCGGACUGGCCCCAAUACUCAAAAAUUUCAGAACAAAAACUGGCCCUGAUUGAAAUUGAUAACCCGAGACCAGUGGAUGAACUCAUAACAGACCUGAACCAAGCGAUCAGAGAAGCUGCUGAUUUAUGUAUCCCUAAAUCCCGAACAACAAGUUUAAGAACCUUCGAAUGGUGCUCCGGACACUAA